AACCUAUUUACUGGAGUUCUUCCUAGUUCUAUAGGCAACCUCUCAUCUCAACUAAUAAUUAUAUCAUUUUAUAAUAACUUCAUUUAUGGGACCUUGCCUUUUGGGAUUGGGAAUCUAGUGAAGUUAGAAUUAGUAGAUAUAGGCUCUAAUCAGUUAACAGGGAUAGUUCCAAGUGAACUCGGUAAUCUACAAAACCUUAGAUAUUUAUACAUGGAGGACAACUACUUUACCGGGAACUUACCAAAAUCUAUAGGAAACCUGGAGUCAUUGCUAGAGUUGGGUUUGGAUGAAAACAGAUUACAAGGACAUAUACCUCCCAAUCUUGGCAACUGCAGGGGCUUGUUGGCGUUGGACCUUUCCAUAAACAAUCUUACUGGCCCAAUACCCGUUGAAAUUUUUCAGCUAUCAUCCCUGUCGAUCACUCUAAAUCUUUCUCACAACUAUUUACUUGGACCCCUUCCCCAUGAGAUAGAAAAACUCAAAAGUUUGACCAAACUUGAUUUGUCACACAAUGAUCUUGUUGGAGAAAUACCAAAUGCCAUCUCAAGCAGUACAAGCCUUGAGUACCUAAAUUUGGGUGCCAAUUCCUUUCAUGGUCCGAUACCUACCUCAAUGAGUGCUUUAAGAGGUAUCAUGGACCUUAAUCUUUCCGGUAAUAACUUCUCUGGACGAAUUCCAAAAUUCUUAGAGCAACUAAACUUGUCUUCAUUAGAUUUGUCAUUCAACAAUCUUGAUGGUGAGGUACCAUUAGAAGGUAUUUUUAAGAAUGUGAGUUUGAUCUCGAUUCAGGGGAACAAUGGGCUGUGUGGAGGCCUUCCUGAACUUCGCCUCCCCAAAUGUGUCAUAGUAUCAGGGUCAAAGAUAGGUUCUAGAACAUCACGUGUUAUUCUAAUUGUCAUUCCAAUUUGCUCGCUUUUUGUUGUAGCAAUGGUUUUGUCUUAUCUAUAUUAUUGGAAAAGAAGGAACCCACAAGUACAACCAGCAGAAGCUUCGUAUGUGCAACCGUUUUCACGAGUUUCUUAUGGAAGCAUACUCAGAGCCACCAAUGAGUUCUCUCAACAAAGCUUGAUUGGGACGGGGGCUUUUAGUGCUGUUUAUAAGGGUAUUCUUGAACCAGGUGAUGGAAUGGUUGCUAUCAAGGUUCUAAAGCUUGGAAAUCAAGGAGCUUUGAAGAGUUUUGUGAUGGAGUGUGAGGCUUUGAAAAACAUAAGGCAUCGUAACCUUGUGAAACUUGUUACUUCAUGUUCGUCCGUCGACUUUCAGGGUAAUGAUUUCAAAGCUCUUAUUUACGAGUUCAUGCCAAAUGGGAAUCUUGAAAGAUGGCUACAUCCAAAUUCCGAACAAGAUUUUAAUAUCGAAGAAGCUCCUCAUCCACAAAGAUUGACCCUUCGCCAAAUAGUAACGAUUGCAACAGAAGUAGCUCAUGCCAUGCAUUACCUCCACCAAGAGUGUGAGGUACCCAUAAUUCACUGUGAUAUGAAGCCAAGCAAUAUAUUACUUGACAAUGACAUGGUUGCUCAUAUUGGUGAUUUCGGGCUGGCAAAGUUUCUGCCAUUAAAUCCUCACGAAAGUAGUUCAGCUGGAUUAAGAGGGACUAUUGGGUAUGCACCUCCAGAGUACGGCCUUGGAAAUGAGAUGACAAAAGAAGGGGAUAUUUACAGCUUUGGGAUACUUUUAUUAGAGAUAAUAACAGGAAAGAGACCAACAGACUGCAUUUUCCAACAAGGACUGAACCUCCAUGGCUAUGUGAUGAUGGCUUUGCCUGAUCGUCUAAUGGAGAUAAUUGAACCGUCAUUACUGUGUGUCAUUGAGGGUGCAAAUGUCAAGCACAAGGAUGAAGCUAGAAAGUGGAAGAUGUUGGAAAAAAGCAUGAUUUUAUUGACAAGAACUGGGUUGGCUUGCUCCUUCGAAUCUCCCAAAGAUAGAAUGAACACAAGCCAAAUCAUCCAAGAGUUGCAUCACAUCAAUGGUCUCUUUUUGGCAUUGCUGUUAUGGUCUCCAACACUUUCACUGGCCACAAACCAUACCGAUCAUCUUGCACUUCUGGCCAUCAAAUCGAGCAUCAUUCAUGACCCCCAACAUGUUCUUGACUCAUGGAACACCUCCUUCCAUUUCUGUCAAUGGCAAGGUGUUACAUGUGGUCAUCGGCAUCCUAGAGUCACCAUGUUAGACCUUGGAUCUCAAGGCUUUGCCGGUUCACUCUCCCCUCAUAUUGGAAACUUAAGCUUUCUUAGAGUGAUAAGGCUACGGAAUAACACCUUCAAAGGUGUAAUCCCACUUCAAUUAGGAAAUUUGUUUAGGUUGAAGCUACUAUUUCUCGACAGCAAUUCUUUUGAAGGAAAAGUUCCAGCCAGUUUAUCAAACUGUACAGAGCUAAAUGCUCUUUGGUUGAGUUUCAAUAAUCUAGUUGGCAGGCUUCCACAACAGCUUAGUACACUGGUGAACCUGACGGUGUUAGCCAUUCAUAAUAAUGGUUUUACAGGAGGGAUACCAUCUUUCUUUGGAAACUUCACUUCUCUUACAGCCUUAUCAGCCACCAACAAUAAUCUAAGCGGAAGCAUUCCACACACUUUAGAUAAUUUAAUCAGUGGAAGUUUACCAAAAGAUAUAGGCUUACAGCUACCCAAUCUUGUGAGUAUUUAUAUAUGGCGUAACAAAUUUACCGGAAGCAUACCCUUAUCAUUUUCUAACUGUUCAAACUUGUUUAGACUUGAGUUGAAUGACAAUGGUUUUACUGGGAAGUUUAACAUAGAUUUCAGACGUAUGCCAAAUCUUCAGAGUGUUGUGUUAGGCUCUAACAGUCUAGGGAGUUCUGAACCUGAUGAGAUGAACUUCAUAGAUUCCAUGGUCAAUUGUACCAAACUAGAUAUGUUAGAUGUAUUUAAUAACAAAUUGACUGGAGUUCUUCCUAGUUCUAUAGGCAAUUUCUCAUCUCAACUAACAACUCUAAAACUUGCUUAUAACUUCAUUUAUGGGAACUUGCCUUCUGGGAUUGGAAAUCUUGUGAAGUUAGAGCGAUUAAAUAUAGCCUCUAAUCACUUCACAGGGAUAGUUCCAAGUGAACUUGGUAAUCUACAAAACCUUAAAUAUUUAUACAUGUAUGAUAACCUCUUCAACGGGAACUUUCCAAAUUUUAUAGGGAACCUGCAGUCAUUGCUAGAGUUGUUUUUGAAUGAAAACAGAUUAGGAGGAAAUAUACCUCCAAAUCUUAGCAACAAUAGUCGUCUCUUGUCGUUGGACCUUUCCACAAACAAUCUUACUGGCCCUAUACCCGUUGAACUUUUUCAGCUACCAUCCUUGUCGAUCUAUCUAGGUCUUUCUCACAACUAUUUAGUUGGACCCUUGCCCCAAGAGAUAGAAAAACUCAAAAUGUUGUCGGCACUUGAUCUGUCACACAAUGAUUUGGUUGGACCAAUACCAAAUGCUAUUGCAAGUUGCAUAAGCCUCGAGUACCUAGACCUGAGUGCCAAUUCCUUUCAAGGUCCAAUACCUCCCUCAAUCAGUUUUCUAAGGGGUAUCACCUACCUUGAUCUUUCCAAUAACAACUUUUCUGAACAAAUUCCAAAAUUCUUAGAGAAACUAAACUUGUCUGCAUUGGAUUUGUCGUUCAACAAUCUUGAUGGUGAGGUACCCUUGGGAGGCAUUUUCAAGAAUGUGAGUUUGAUCUCGAUUCAGGGGAAUAAUAGGCUUUGUGGAGGCCUUCCUGAAUUUCACCUGCCCAAAUGUGCCAUAGUAUCAAGGUCAAAGACAGGUUCUCGAUCACGUGUUCUUCUAACAAUCAUUCCAAUUUGCUCGAUUUUAGUUGUAGCGAUGAUUUUGUUUAAUCUGUUUUAUUGGAAAAGAAGGAAGGCACAAGCACAACCAGCAGAAGAAGCUUCAUAUGUGCAACCGUUUUCAAGAAUUUCUUAUGAAAGCAUACUCAGAGCUACUAAUGAAUUUUCUCAGCAGAACUUGAUUGGGACAGGCGCUUUUAGUGCAGUUUAUAAGGGUAUUCUUGAACUAGCAGAUGGAAUGGUUGCCAUCAAGGUUCUAAAGCUUCGAAACCAUGGAGCUUUGAAGAGUUUCGUGAUGGAGUGUGAGGCUUUGAAAAACAUAAGGCAUCGUAAUCUUGUAAAAGUCAUUACUUCCUGUUCAUCCGUUGACUUUCAGGGUAAUGAUUUCAAAGCUCUUAUUUAUGAGUUCAUGCCAAAUGGGAAUCUUGAAAGGUGGCUACAUCCAAGUUCAGAACAAGAGGUUGAUAUCGAAAAAGCUCCUCCAAAUAGAUUGACCCUUUGCCAAAGAGUAACGACUGCUAUUGAUGUCGCUCAUGCCAUGCACUACCUCCACCAAGAGUGUGAGGUGCCCAUUAUUCAUUGUGAUCUGAAGCCAAGCAAUAUCUUACUUGACAGUGACAUGGUUGCUCACAUUGGUGAUUUCGGGCUCGCAAAGUUCCUACCAUUAAAACCACACGAAAGCAGUACAGUUGGAUUGAGAGGGACUAUUGGGUAUGCAGCUCCAGAGUAUGGUCUUGGAGGUGAGAUGACAAAAGAAGGGGAUAUCUACAGCUUUGGGAUAUUGUUAUUAGAGAUGAUAACAGGAAAGAGACCAACAGAUCACAUUUUCCAGAAUGGGUUGAACCUCCAUGGCUAUGUGACAAUGGCUUUUCCUGAUCGUCUAAUGGAGAUAACUGAACCGACACUAUCAUCUGUCAUCGAGGGUGCAAUUGUCAGCCAUGGGGAUGAAGCUACAAAGUGGGAGAGGCUGGAAGAAAUCAUGAUUUUAUUGGCAAGAAUUGGGUUGGCAUGCUCCAUGGAAUCUCCAAAAGAGAGGAUGAACUCAAGCAAAAUCAUCCAGGAGUUGCAUCACAUCAAUGGUCUCAUCUAAUGUUCAUUAAAUCUCAUAUAUAUAUAAUAAGAGAUUUAGGAAAAGAACAGUGUGUCUAUUCAGGAAAAGCCAUAAAACAUAAUAUACAGAUUUAUACAGUGAUUGUAAGCAAUAUAUUCUGAUCGAAUAUAAUUGAGUGAUUUAAUUA